AUGUAUGAAAAAGGAGAAUGGCCAAGAGAUUUCACCAAAGCAAUAAUUGUCACGAUGGAAAAAAAGCCAAAUGCAACAGAAUGUGCUGAUCACAGAACGCUUAGUCUGAUUCCGCAUGCUUCGAAGAUAAUGCUGAAAGUGCUGGCAGAAAGAUUGGAAGCCAAAACACAAUAUUUCAGUGGUAAAACACAGUUUGGUUUCAGAAGAGGAUGCGGAACGAAAGAGGCAAUCGGCGUCAUGCGUAUGCUCUACGAGAGAUGCUUGGAACACGGCUUGGAUGUUUUUAUAUGUUUCGUGGACUUUGAGAAAGCCUUUGAUAGAGUAAACUGGAAGAAACUGAUGGAAAUAUUGAAGAAGAUUGGAGUUGAUUGGAAAGAUCGAAGGCUCAUCAAGAAUUUGUAUCUAAAUCAAGAAGCUAUUGUAAGAGUGGCAGACGGAAUGUCAGAACCGGCAGUAAUUGGGCGUGGAGUAAGACAAGGCUGCCUGCUUUCGCCGUUACUAUUUUCAAUCUACGCUGAAAUGAUGAUGAUAGAAGCGAUGGAAGAUGUCAGUGCAGGAAUCAAAGUUGGAGGUAAACUACUGAAAGACGUAAGGUUUGCAGACGACCAAGCAAUGGUAGCCAGCUCAGACGAAGAUUUGCAGAAGUUGAUGGACUCACUUGUUAAAUCUAGUGAGAAGUUUGACAUAAAGAUUAAUGUUAAGAAGACGAAGACGAUGGUAAUUUCAAGACAAGGUGGUAAAUUGGUUAACAUUAUUAUUAAUGGACAAACAGUAGAGCAAGUGACAAAAUUCAGAUAUCUGGGAGCCUUAAUUACUGAAGAUGGAAGAUGUGCUGCUGAGAUAAGAGCAAGAAUUGCAAUGGCAAAAGAUGCUUUCAGUAAACACAGAGAACUACUCACGCGAAGAAUGGACAGAAAGUUGAAGAAAAAGAUUAUUAAAGCGGUGGUGUGGAGUGUAGCACUUUAUGGCUCUGAGACUUGGACGAUAAUGCCAGACGGGAUGAAACGAUUGCAAGCUUUUGAGAUGUGGAUAUGGAGAAAAAUGGAAAAGAUAAGUUGGAAAGAUAAGAGAACGAAUGAUUAA